AUGGCCAGCGUGCAAGAGCCCCUUAUCCCGGAAAGCCAUGCGCUGCCUACAGAUGCCCCUGUCGAGCCCAUUUCAUCUAUAGAUGAAAAGCCCACUGCAAGCGCAACUGAGGCCGAUCUGAGCGAAUCAACCGCUACCUUGGUUGAAGCCGACUCCACACAACAAUCCAAAGAUUCAACCCAACCUGAGGUCCCAAUGACCGCCGCCGAAAAGAAGAAGGCCAAGAAGGCCAAGAAGAAGCAGCAAAAGAAACAGGAGAGUAUUAGCUCCCUUGCUGCCGAACAAACUCCCGAGAUUCCAGCCGCCCCCGAAACCAAAACUGCAGAGCCUGCAGUGGAGGAAUCAGCACCAGUCGAAGCUUCCAAGGAGGCUGAACCCGCUGCUGAACCAGUGGUUGAGGAAAAGACCGCAAUUGAAUCAACGGAGGAAUCCAAGCCGGCCGAGAAGGCUGUCGAUGCCACCGAGGCACCAGUGCUCGAGGAAAAGCCUGUCGCUGAAGCUAUUGAAGAGCCAGUUGCCGAAGUAGUAGCCGAGGAGAAGGCUGCUGAGAAGGUCGCCGAGCCCACCACAGAAGAAUCAAAGACUGAGGCCGUUCCAGAAACUGUCGCAGAACCCGCCGUCGAAGAAUCCAAGGCCGUGGAAGAGGUUGCUGAGCCCACCACUGAAGCUGCCACGGAAGAGAAGACCGCCGAGACCGUUCCUGAAGUCGCCGCCGAGCCAAUUGUCGAAGAGACUCCCGCCGCGGAAGAAAUCAAGACCGCCGAGGAGGUUGCUAAGCCUACCACUGAGGAGAAGCCUGUCGAGGAAAAGGCUACUGAAGCCGUUCCCGAAACUGCCGCUGAGCCUGCUAAGGAAGAGUCAAAGACCGCCGAGGCUGUUCCUGAAGCUGCCGUGGAAGAAAAGACCACUGAGGUCGUUCCUGAAACCACCGAAGCCGCCAAGGAAGAGACUCCUGUCGCCGAAACUGCUGUGGAGGAAUCAAAGGUUGUGGAAGCUGUCUCUGAAACCGCCCAGGAGGCGCCCGCUGUCGAAGAAUCUAAGACUGAGGUUGCUGAGCCCACCGCUGAAGCUGCUGUGGAGGAGAAGACCACCGAGGUGGUUCCUGAAACCACCGAAGCCGCCAAGGAAGAGACUCCCGCCGCUGAAACCGCCGUGGAGGAAUCAAAGGCUGUUGAGGAGGUUGCUGAGCCCACCACUGAGGCCGCCACAGAAGAAAAGACCACCGAGGCUGUCCCCGAGACUGUGGCCGAGGAAACUCCUGUUGCUGAAGCUGCUGUGGAAGAAUCAAAGCCUGUCGAGGCCGCCCCUGAGGCUGUCGCAGAGGCUGUCGCUGAGACUCCUGCCGUUGAGGAACCUAAGGCUGAGGAGGUUGCUGAACCUAUCACCGAGGAAAAGGCGGUCGAGGCCGCUCCUGAGGCUGUCGCAGAGGCCGUGGAAGAGACCCCCGCCGUCGAAGAAUCUAAGACUGAGGUUGCUGAGCCAGUCACUGAGGACAAGCCCGCCACCGAAGAAAAGGUUGUUGAGGCUGCUCCUGAGGCUGUCGCAGAGGCUGUCGAAGAGACUCCAGCUGUGGAAGAAUCUAAGGUUGAAGAGGUUGCUAAGCCUGCCGCUGAAGAAAAGGCUGUCGAGGCCGUUUCUGAGACUCCUGCUGCGGAAGAAUCCAAGGCCGCCGAGGUUGCUGAGCCCACCACCGAGGAGAAGCCUGCUACUGAGGAAAAGGCCGUCGAGGCCACUCCUGAAACCGUCGCGGAGCCUAUCGUCGAGGAGACUCCUGUCGCUGAAGCUGCCGUGGAAGAGUCCAAGCCCGUGGAGGCUGCACCUGAAAUCGUCCAGGAGACACCCGCGGUCGAGGAAUCCAAGGUUGAGGAGGCUGCUGAGCCUAUUGCUAAGGAAGAGCCCGUCGCCGAAUCCGCCACGGAAGAGUCGAAGCCCGCCGAGGCCGUUGCCGAAACCGUCGCUGAACCUGUUGUCGAGGAGACUCCCGCCGCUGAAGCUGCUGUGGAGGAAUCCAAGACCGUCGAGGCUAUUCCUGAGGCCUCCGCAGAGCCUGUCAGACCCCCCGCUACCGAAGCAGCCGUGGAAGAGUCCAAGCCUGCUGAGGAGCCAGUGGCCGAGAAGGCUGUCGAGGAACCGAUUGUGGAGGCUGAGGCCGAGAACAGCAAUGACACCACCGCGGCCGUUCCAGAGGUUGCUACAGAGGCACCUGUUGAGGAGCCAACUGUCGACGUCUCUGAGCCCAAGGAGGAGGUCGUCUCUGAGCCCACUAAGGAGGUGGUCGAGGAGACUCCCGUUGAGCAGCCUGCCACUGAGGAAUUGGCUGCUGAGCCAGUCAAGGAGGCUGAGAUUGUCGAGUCUGUUCCCGAGCAGACUGUCGAUUCUGCUAAGGAACCUGCUGUCGAGGGGCCUACUAAGGCCGCUGAGGUGGAGACUACCACCACUACCGAGCCCGCCGCUGAGGCAAUUGAAGAGCCUGCUGCCGUUGUCGCCGAGGAGGCUACUACCGAGAAGGCCCAGGAGCCUACUGAGGUCGAGCCUGUCCAAGAGACUACCGAAAAGGCUGUGUCAGAGGAACCAGUUGUGGAGGAGGCUGCGGCCGAAACCGCUAAGGAUGUGACUCCCGAGGAGUCUCCCGCUGUUCCUGAGACCGCUGAAGCUGCUGCUGUUGAGACUGCUGCUGUUCCCGAGGCCGCCGCUGAAGUUGUUGCCAUUCCCGCCGCUGCUGCCGCUGCUCAUGUCACUGAGGAGUCUCCAGCUGCUCCUCAGGCUGCCGCCGCUAUCGUCGAGGAAAACGCUGCUCCUACUGAGUCUGCCCCCGCCGAGACUACCGAGGAAGUCGCCAUUGAGCAGCCCGAAGCUACCAAGGCUGAGGAAGUAACUGAGCAGACCACCGAAGAGCCUGUUGCUGACAAGGCCGUUGAAGAGCCCGUUGCCGAGACCUCUGCCCCAGAGCCGGUUGUUGAGGCUGCUCCCGUUGUUGAAGAGACUCCCAUUGAAGAGCCUGCUAAGGAACUUGCCGUCGAGGAGCCCAUCAAGACCGAGGCUCCUGUCGUUGCUGAUGUUACUGCGGACGAGGCUGAGAAGGUCGAGGAGAAGCAACCCGAGGCCGAAGCUGUUGCCGAGCCAGUUGUUCCUGAGCAGACUGAGGCUGCUGCCGCUGUUGGAGAGCCUGUUUCUCAAGCCGCUGAGCCAGCUGCUGCUGAAACUCCUGCUGUCGAGGAAAAGGCCAUUGAUGAACCUGCUGCCGCUGUCGAAACCGCAGCCGAGUCCACUGCCGAGCCUGUUUCCGAACAGACUCCCGAGGUGGCACACGUUGAAGAAACUGCUACUGAGGUACCAGCUGCCGAGAAGGCUGAGGAUGUGAAGGAGCCCGCCACUAUCGAGCCCACCAUUCAAGCUACUGAGGUUGUUGAGGCACCAGUUGUGGAGGAGCAGACUGCCGCAGAGCCCGUCAAGGUUGAAGAGCCCGUUGAAGCUGCUGCCCCCGCGGAGCAAAUCCCCGAGGCAGCUCCAGUGGAGGAAUCCUCUACCAAGGAGCUCGAGCCCGAGACAACCGUGGUUGAGGAAGCUGCCAUCGAGCAGCCCGCCGUCGUUGCUGAAGAGGCUGCUGCCGAAGCACCAGUUGUUGCUGAGGUUGCUGAGGCUGUCGAAGAGCCCACCCAGGACGAUUCCAAGGUCGAGGAGACCGUUGCAACUGAGGAACCCUCGAAGGUCGAAACCGUCGAGACCGAAGUUGCCACCAUUCCUGAGCCCAUUGCCAGCGCAGAGGAGCCCGUGGUGGUGGCUGAGACAUCCGAUGUGAAGGAGGCAAUUCAGCCCUCCACCACUGACGUUGAAACUAAGCAAGAAGAGACCGCUGCUUCCGCCUCUGACGAAGCCUCUACCAAGGAUACUGGCAUCAGUGCUGAAAUUCUUGGUGCUGGCGCUGCUGGUGUUGCCGCUGCCGCCCUUGCUGGUGCCGGCGUGGCCGUUCUUGCUCACAAGGACCAGAAGGAUGUCCAGCCUACCGAUGCAGGCAAGGAACCCGUUACUAAGGCUGAGACCCAGCCCCAGGUUCCCGCAGCAGAUGCCCAGCCCGCAGACGGUAAGCCAACACCGUUCUAUCUUUCACACCAGCAAUCUGCCAUAUCGUUCGAAACUGAUCCCGCUCUUGCAGCACUCGCUGGUGACCGCGAAGCCCUCCUUAGCAAACUCAACCAACCGUCUACAGACCAACUGUCCACGGCUACCCAGCAGCCAACAGUCGAGAGUGCCGCCGAGUCCCAGCCUGCCGCCGAGGCCAGCAAGGGAACCACCGAACCCGCUGCCAAUGUGUCCGACGCUAAGCCUGCUACCGACAGCACUCUUACUCCCAAGGAUAAUGAUGAAGAUGCUCGUCCAGCGAGCCAGAACCGGUCAGUGACAGCUGUUUCUCUAAAUGGUGCACCUGACAGCUGGCUCAAAGCAAUCUUGCGCACUGUCUUUGUGAAUUUCUUUGGAGCCAUCUUUUCACCUUUCCGUCGUGGAAAGUCCUCCUCCAAUUAG